AUGUACUCUGUCCGACCUCGGUAUUCCACCGGUAACUUAACCCUUCCUAUAAUUGACCGAUCCUCUCCGGAGGCCGUACGGACUGCGGAUAAGUACUUCUGGACGGGCACAUCCAAUGCCUCGACCAGCUCUCUGCCACCUUUACCAAGCAGACUAACACUCGCUCCAGUGUCCAACAACCCCGUCAGUUGCUUGGUCAGGACUCGGACUGCGGCGAACGGUCUGGGAUCUCGCGAUAAACUCCGCUUCAUGACGGCCACUGCUUCGCGUCGGCAGUUCCGACGUUUGCGAAAUCGGUCCCUGGCCUUCUGCACCUUGCGAGACACCAUACGCAUCCCGCCUAACUGGUGCUCUGAGAAGAUCCUGUUCCUGAUAUCUAGGUACCGACGCAUCCUCUCCGCAUAAGGUAAGUAUUGUAAAUUAGACUUAUUGCUAUUCUUAGAAGGUAAACAUUUAUUUAACUCUACCAACUCUUCUUCUCUGCGGAACUCCUGUCUGGACGCAUCCUCUCCGCCCUCGGAUCGCCCAGCCGACCGUUUUCCGCACAAUCCGGACAUUUGGGAGACACGGAGCAGAAAAGUCUGCGUUCGGCUGCUGCGCAGUCACGGAACCCGUGAUCCACGGCUCCGCAAUUCCAGCAGCCGGCUCGGAGCGGAUUCUAAAGUUUCGCCCGCACUUCGUCCACCUCGUGCCACGGAGGAUCCUCACCAGGAUCUGGGCCAAUCGCCUCGCUAACCUUGGCCUUCUCCGUCAGAGUAUACCGCAUCGGCUGUGUGUACGUGGUCCGUCCACGUCGUCCAAAACUGCGCUCCACCUCGCAGCACUCUUCCCGCAGUUCAUCCACCGUGAGCACAUCCAUCGCGUAGACAAACCUUGCGAUGCUCUCCCUCAAGCCCUUUUUAAUAAUCUUUACCAGCUGUCGCUCUGCAGUGGCCUUUUCAGACGGGCCGCUAACUGCUGCAUCGCGUGGACGUAAUCGCCAACUCCUUCUCCGAGCUGCUGCUCCACAAAUCAAAACAAAACAAAGUUAGAUUUACAUCAAAACUUUGACAAUUGGACGAAAUUGGUGGCUUCGAUGUCCUUGCCACAACGCACCCACCCAACCUUGGGUGCCCCAAAAAGGAUGUAGGAGGCACGCCCCAUCUCCGGCAGACCGGAGUCUAUUCCUGGUGGAUUAGGAUCGGCUCAUCUCCCCGCCCAAGAAACACUCAAGGCCGAUCUCAGACCGUCGCCCAGAUGAAAAGCGGUCAAAGUGACAACAACCG